AUGUUACUUGUGCGACUUGGAGGCGGGUAGGUAGUAGUAAUAAGUCUCGGAGACCGCCUAGACGCCAUUCACCCCAUACUACCGACGCUCACGCUUCUGCAUGAUUCAGGCACCCCUGCCACGCCAACUGCAUCAGUAGCCCCACUCCACGUCUCCUGGACGUCUGGCCCGGCUUGCAUGGAAAAUGCACGCCGCCAGAAAACGUGGGCCUUUUAGAAUAGAAGUUGCAGGGGGCUGUGCGUUGUCAUCGAUUCACUCGUUCCUGACUCGUCCUCAACAGCACAAGACUUCGCCUCCAUUCCAUAGACUGUGCACUCGCUGCAGGUGUGAGCUGGCCACCUCAGAUUCGAGACAGCCGCCGCUCUGCCAUCAGGUAAUCGGUGACACUGCAAAUGCUGCUCCAGCAAAUGCGCUUACGGUAUGGCCGGUUGCGCUCGAUUCCAAGGUCUGCCGGAAGUGCGGGUGCUGGAGCGGCACCGUCACGCUUGAGAGCUUCGAAUCGGCGGAAGGAUGCCGGGUCGCAUGGACCUCAGCGUCAUGGCUGCGUGGUGAUGACAAGACAAGCCACGUUUUGCGGACCUGGGUGUUGGCGGGUGUUCCUUGUUGUGCCUUGGAAGCGGCCGCCCUGCGAGCGUUCAUGCUCGGCGCCUUGUUCCCGACUCUGCUAUCGACAGCCUCGAACACGCUCGUUGUGCGCGUCUGGCCAAAUUCACAGGUGACAGCCUCCCAGGACCUGCUUUUAGCAGCCUGAUUAUCCUUCCCUUCACAGCCCUGUGACGACAUUGCGCCGGCUGAUGCCUCCAUUUUGACCGGUUAUGCACUGCACAUCACGGAGCUGGACGUUGGAGUCGAGAACGCGGGCGACAAG